AUGACAACCAACGCCGGAAGCCCACGCCGUAGAAAGACGUUCCUCGACUUACCUGGAGAACUGCGCAACAGGAUUUACGAGCAUUUCAUCGACCUGAGGCCAUUGACCGGCGAUGCUGCUGGUGUCGCAUGCACCAAUCAGCAGAUCCACGCCGAGUUCCUAACGCUUUACCUUCACCGGAUAUUCGGAGGUGGAGUCGUGGUUUCAUUUGAUCAUGUCCAUGAGUUUCUCCACUCGUUCUUCGUCGCAUAUCCCGACUCGGCUCCCAAAGACGUCCCCUACAAGUUCGCGGUGGGACUUGCUGAACCUCAAACCGACGACGAAGGUGCGACACCUGGUUGGUCACUCGAUUUGGUCAAAGUUGUCUCGAUCAUGCGUCGUUACCCGCUCAUUAACGUUGUAUGGAAGUUGGUUGACAACUGCAAGGAGGCGGCGUUCCAGGACAUAGAGGUUGCGUACACCGUGGCUGCUCUGAAAGAAAUGAGUCUCAACCAAUUCGAACUGCUGGAAUCUGCACACCUCUGCCUGUACGACCUUGAGUGGUACAAAACGAUUCUGUUGGGAGAGAUCGAAGUAGAGGCUUGCCUGUCUCUCAUGUUGAAGAAGGGUGCUACUGAGCAAGACGUCAAGAGCCUUGAGGCAUCAAGAUUGCAGCUACGUAACGCGAUCUACGAGCACUUCAUCGACCUCAACACAUGCGCGUGUAGCACUGACGCCAUCAACUUACUUUGGGUCAACCGGCAGAUCCGUGCCGAGUUCAGAUCGUUGUACUUCCGUCAGGGCACUGUCACAGUCUACUUUGACGACGUCGCUAGCUUCCUACGCGCCUUCAUCCUCCCUUCUACGACCUUAGUGCUUGACGACGUUACAUUUACGAUUCGCGUGGAGCUCGGCAGCGAGACUCACGACCCUAACAAUUGGUUGUUCAACCUGGUGGACGUCAUCUCGACCAUGCGAAAGUAUGCUCUGCUCAACAUCAGAUGGAAUUUGGUCCCGCCUGGCCGCUUUCAGCCCGACAACGAUUUAGGUUUCGCUACUCAUGUGUCUAUUCUAAAGGAUAUGGAGGAUCAUGAGUUUGAGAAGGUAUCUUCCCUAUGGCUUCAUAUUCUUGGGGAGCCGUUGAUCGGAAGCAUUUACACCCUGCUGGACCAUGGCUGUACGGAACAAGAUACCGACGAUAUCCAGCUCCAUAUUGGGGGGCAACUGCGCAACGCCGUCUACAAGUACUUCAUCGACCUCGACCCAUCUCUUGACGAGAGCAUCCAGUUCCUCCAAGUCAAUCGGCAGAUCCGCUCCGAAUUCGGAUCACUAUACCUGAGUCAGGGCAACGCUAUAGUACCUCUUGACUGCCUCAUACCCUUCCUGCGCGACACCUUCCAGCCUAUCGCUAGCCAGAGACCAAAGGACUUCACUUGCAGCUUCCUUGUACAGCUCGACUGGAACGAUCUCUGUUGGCACAGGAGCUUCUGGGACCUCGACCUCUUUGAAACUGUCGCAUUCAUGCGUGGAUAUCCUUUACUCGACAUUCAGUGGGAGCUGGACCCUAAUGCCCGCGAUAGACGCUCUAAUCGCUCCAAUCGCUCUGCCUACUCCGGCCGCCGCGAUCACUCCGAGGUACCUGAAGAAGAAGGAACCGAUGCCGAAGACCAAGACGAAGACCGAAACGAAGACCAAAACGAAGACGGAGACGAAUCUGAGGAAGCACAAUCUGAGGAGUCAGAAUUGGAGGAAGCAGACUCUGAGGAGGAAGACUCUGAGGAAGAAGAGACAGCGAUUCCGAGUCAUUCUGCUCUAGUCACUUUCAGUAUUGACGACAUAGACAUCGACGUACCCCUGUCAAUACUCAGAAACCUGGAGGAUGCGUUGUACGCGAAGUUGGCUGCUAUUGAUCUGUCUUUAUCUGUCAGGCCACCUUUAGAUGAGAAGUUCAGUGCCGGUCUAGUAGCCUAUCUUGACAUCGCUCUGAUGGCGAACUGUACGGAACAAGACUUCGAAAAGUUUGGAUUUGGUAUUGAAUGCGGGGGCGUCAAAGUGCGAUUUCAUGUAGCGCACGAACCAGAAAGCGAAUAUCAUGUCUCCGAGAGUGAGGAAGAUGAAUAG